AUGGGGGAGCAGCAGAGCUCGCUGAACGCGCCGCGGGCGGCCGCUGCCGCCGCGCCGCCGAGCCCGGCCGGGGGCCCGCGGGAGCCCGGCCCGGACGAGCCGCCUUCGCUGCGAGAGACGGUCCCGGGCGGCGGAGUAGCCGGGCUGGGGCGAGGCGGGGAGCUGGGGCCGCCCGCCGCCGACCCCGAGCGGCGAGGGGCUGAAGAGGAGGCGGAGGCAGCGGCCGGGCCGGAGCAGCCGCCGGGCGCGGGGGAGCCGGCGGCCCCGGCGGAGGAGGGGCCGGAGGGAGGCAGCGGCCGCCGCCGCCCCCCCCGGCGGCACGUGUACUGCACCGUCUACUGCGUGGAGAACGACCGGCCGGCGGCCGCCACCGGCUCCCCCCGCGGCGGCCCGGGCGCGGGGCAGCCCCCGGUCCGGCGCGGGGUGGUGCCGGGCGACGACCCGCUGUCGUCGGGCGGCAGCAUCGAGGUGGUGGACUUGUACCUGCUGCCCGAGCCCUUCUCCGGGCUGAUCGCCGGCGAGUUCGGGCCGCUGCUGGUGCUGAGCUGCCGCGUGUGCCUGGAGGAGAAGCCCAUCAAGCCCCUGUCCUGCUGCAAGAAGGCGGUGUGCGAGGAGUGCCUGCGGCGGUACCUCAGCUCCCAGGUGCAGCUGGGACAAGUGGAUAUAAAAUGCCCUAUCACAGAGUGCAGCGAACACCUGGAUGAAACAACUGUCCUCUAUAACCUGCCCCAUGAUGACAUCAUCAAGUAUAAAUAUUUCCUGGAACUCAGCCGCAUUGACUCCAGCACCAAGCCAUGUCCUCAGUGCAAGCACUUUACAACCUUCCGGAGGAGAGGCCACAUUCCUACCCCUGCCAAAUUGGAGAACAAAUACAAAAUCCAGUGUCCAUCUUGCCAAUUUGUUUGGUGUUUCAAGUGCCACUCUCCCUGGCAUGAAGGCGUUAACUGCAAAGAAUACAAGAAGGGAGACAAGCUGUUACGUCACUGGGCCAACGAAAUUGAACAUGGGCAGAGGAAUGCCCAGAAGUGUCCAAAAUGCAAGAUCCACAUCCAGAGAACCGAAGGGUGUGACCACAUGACCUGUUCACAGUGUAACACUAAUUUCUGUUACCGUUGUGGGGAGAGAUACCGCCAGCUCCGCUUCUUCGGAGAUCACACGUCAAACCUCAGUAUCUUUGGAUGCAAAUACCGCUACCUCCCCGAGAGACCACAUUUAAGGAGAUUAGUGCGAGGCUCUGUUUGUGGUGAGUGGAUAAAGGUUCCUUGUGGAGAGCUGCACAAUGAAGCGAUUGGGGCAGCUGGAAAACUACUCAUUACACCCCUAAUACUGGUUCUGGGACUGGCACUGGGAACCGUAGCUGUUGUAAUAGGUUUAUUUGUGUUUCCUAUCUAUUGCCUUUGUAAAAAGCAGAGGAAAAGGUCACGGACAGGUAUGCCCUGGUGAGGAUGGACCUUACUCGCCUGAACUGAGCUGGUCCUGCAAGGGCUAUACGUGCUUUGUGCAACAGAGCAAUACAGUGCUGGUAACAGCAUCAAAGCCACCGCCCUGGAAGAAGAAUGGGGGUUCUCCUGCCAUCUUCCCUCAGCCGAAAACACUACUGCAGACCAGAAAGCCUCUUUGCUCUGGUGCACUCUCAGCAAGAUGGGCCCCCUGAGUGCUGCUUUUUAAAUGGUUUUGGUUGUUUGUUUUUUUUUUUUUUAAUUAUUACUUCGGAGGGGGUUUUUUGAGUCUAAGUUUCUGAACUAGACAAUCAAAGUCUGUAUUGUAGCCACAACUCUACUACCGAUUUGGCCUGUGAAGAAAGCAUUUAACUGCUAACAUGUGCUCCAUUUAACUUCAGUGUCGGCCUUUAAGGGGGAAAUGCUUAGAAGUGUUUGGACUCUUACUGUAUACUGAGCAUACUACUUUUGGUAUUAAAAACUACUUCUGUAAAUAACUUCCAUCACACAGCAUUCUGUUCAGCAUACCAAAACCCUGUCACAUGCCAGAACACAACAGCUGGUUAUCUUCUGAGUGCUCCUGCUAGUAGGCAAGAGUGUAGAUUGCCACUGCCAAACUGCAGUGCCUCAGAGGGAAAUAUCCUUAGUAUUGAAGCUCUGUGAUACUUAAGAAUAUGAUGAUUGGUUUCACUUCAGUAAUUUAUUUAUGACAGUCUAUUAAUAUUAAUGGUAGGGGUGUGACAAGACUUGUUACAAGAGUACUUCGUUUUUAAAUUGUCAAAGUACAGAAAAAAUUUGAAGGGUUUAGAUAACAAGAAGUGUCAGUGGCCUAUUCUGUCCCAAGAUAUCCCUGAAGUGUGUUUGCAGGGAAGAUGGGAACCUGCUCUUCUAUUCUGACUUGGAAUAUGAUACAUAUGCUCCACACUAGUUGUGUGAAGAUAGACUUGAUGAAAUUUUAUAACCUAAAUAGCACAUUUUGUUUGUUCAUUUAAGUAGGCUGCUGCGCAAGUCUUAGAGUAUCCACUGAUGUCUCAUGAGGAAAAUCUGUGAAUCUGGGCUAAGGGGAGGGGUCAUGAAUUCUUAGGAGACCACUUCAUUCUUAAUUUCUGUUUCUAGUGUUUGUCUUCCUGGUGCAUUACAGUUCUGAAGAGAAUAGCUAUCUUUGCUCUUUCUUCCUAGCUUCAGAGUUCCACUGUUUGCUACCAAACCUCUUUCUCAGUCCAUCACCCCAAAAGCAAUCUAAUUCAGCAUUAGGAAUCAGCUACUGAGAAUUUUUACACUUUUUAUCCCAAAUUUAUCAUACAAAUAUAAUUUCCAAGAAAAAAUAGAAUAAAAUAAAUUUGUGUAGGCAGAACACUGAAACAAAGAAAGGAACUGAUCAAGAAAAAUACCUACUUUAUACUGUAAAAAUACAAACUGAUCUUAAAGAAGAUUGAAUUUGUACUGUGAAGGUACUUUUUUCCAGUGUAUGUGUUUGAAGAUACACGUGUGUGUGUAUAUAUAUAUGUAUAUGUUUGUGUAUAUAUGGGAAAGGGGGAAGCAGGAAGAUGGGAAAUGUCCUGAAGAGUCUACAGACUUCAAAAUUUAGGCUUGCAAAUAGCAUAUCAUGUAGGAGGAUGUACUUUGCGCCCCUUUCUUUGUUACAUCUGAAUCCAGUUGUAAUUUUUAAGUAAAUGGUAUUCUGCCCCACCAAGAUAAUACUGUUGUAAGAUACUCAUUUUGACUUCAAAGCCUCAGUGGAAGAAGCUGAUGACUUUUGUUUACCUGGAAACACAAAUAUCAGCUUUCUGUAGUUGGCUAGUAUGCUUGUUUUCUGUCAGCUUCUUGUUCUAUGUUCUUGGUUUGGUUUUUUUUCCUUGUUGAAACAGUGUGUGCAAGCACAUCAUAGUAGUCAACAACUAUUUAAUAAUUUCCAUUUGAAUUUAAGUGCAUGUUGACCCUGUUGUCCUAGCAGUAGAAGCAGUAUCUUUCUAAGAUUUGCAAAUUAAGCAGGGAAGCAAUGACAUUUAGAAAUAAAAUUCAAAACCUAUUGUCAUUGCAAAUCCACCUAUUAAUUAGAUUUUUUCUUCUGAGAUGCAUCGGUUUUCUCUUUGUGUUCUGCCUGAGGUUGGAAGCUGCCUUAAAAUUGGUCUUGAUUUUGCGUGUGUUUUCUGAGGCUAUACAUAUCAGUUGUCUUUGGCUUACUCAGGGAUUUUUAUUCCUCUCUUUAAAUGUCAAAUAAUGAAGAUAUUUUUGUAUUAUUUAGAAAAACCUUCAGACCUCAGAGAGCAAGAUAUAUAUAGAUAGAUUUGGGUUUGCAAUGCAGUCUGUAACAUGGUGUCAAACUAUUCCACUUGAGAAUAUUUUAGUACUUGAGAUUAUCUGUAAUUAACUAUACAGUGGAUUAAUUUCCUUGCUUUUCCUGGUUCUGUAUAAAUAUGUGAGAUAUUAUUACACUUUUUGUAGCUAUUUUCACUCUGGCGUGUUUGCCAUUUUCAGUUUCUGAUAGGAGUUCAGUAAGAUUUGAAAUUAAGAUACUAGAAUAAAGAGCUUAAAAGGGAACAUAAUAGAUCUGCACUCAUUUAUAUUCAGAAAGCAUGUCCUUGUGGAUGGAGAAAAGGAACACACAACUCAGCUCCUACAUUAUCAUUUCAUCUAGGCCAUUUUGAUUUUAUCAGAACAGAUUAAAUCAAAGGGAAAUAGUUUUUCAUUUUCUAUACAGAGCAAAAAGAGACAUCUUUCACCUUGUAAAGAUGAACAAGUCUCAUCUUUUUCUGUGGGGAAAAAAAGGGAAUGACAAUAAUUUUUCCUUUUCUUUAGAAUGGGACAAACUUUCAAGAGUCAGACAGAGUAGAGAUAUGAAAGUCUUUUUCCAUCUGUAUAAAAAUAUUCCCACUUGAAAAGUACAUAAACACAGUUUUUAUCAAUAUGUUGUAACAUAACCAACCAAAAUAUGAGAAGUAGCUCAGUACAAAGGUUCAUGCAAUAAAAGAUUAGCUUUUAAACAAGUCACUACAGAAAAUCUUACAUACAUCAAAACCAUGACAUUUGUUUUAAAAGCAUUAAUUUAUGAGUUUGAAAUAAAUUGAAUGAACUUUGUAAGGAAAUUCGAGGGUAAACAUCUUUUUGGUUUUGGUAACUACUCUAAAGAAACUACCAGGCUGUUCUACUCCAUCUUUAGUAGCAGAAACCUUGUCACGCAGCUGAAUUAACCUACUAAUGCAGAUUUCACACUACUGUAUGCUGAUCAUUGCUGGUCAUUGUGUUUGCUUUUACCACAUUUAUUAUUUAAGAUUAUUUAUUGUUGUGUGAAACUGUUGCUCACCAAUACCUAUAUUCAGACUAGGAAAUGCUUAAAUCCAUUCUACACUAGCCUUCUCUUUCAAGUUUGCCUGAGAAUGGAUUUGCCUAUGCGCCAAGUCCUGCUUACAGACAUGCAGUCGGAGGUAGGACCUUCCCCAUGGUGCCAUGCAGUGUGCUCCUACUGGGAGGGCUGGCUGGACAUGCCAUCUGGCAGGGGCUCCUCUCCCUUUCUCCACUUUCUCCAUUAUACCUAAUUUAGUUAUAUUUCAGUAAUGGAGUUGAGCUUCAGGGCUACUCAGCCAUGUCAUUGGCUGGAUGAUUGACUGCUGUGGCACAGGUAUAUUUGCAGAGCUUAUCCAACACCUUACGACUGGAAAAUAAUUGUGCUUUUCCCUAUGUCGCAGUCUGUUAGCCAGUGAGAAUAAGAAGCUGAGUAGGAAUACAAAGGAGAGGCAGAAGGGCAAUUCUGAGUAGCGUCAUGCUGAGGUGAUCCAUCAGUUUUAGUUCCAUACAAAAAAGUUGGUUAGUCUUCAGUUCUCACCACCUCUGUAAUAAACAACAUAUUCCUAUCUUUCCAAUGUCAUUAAAAAUACAGUGCACUUUGAGUGAUCUGUUAUCUUCCUUCAGGGAAGUGCAAAUGUGUACUUAAGGGAAGAUUUUGUUUGGUUUUGAUGGUACUAAUGCUGACUUCGUAACUCUUUCUGGUAUGUUAGGGUUUUUUUACUUUACACCAAUUUAUUCAUUAUAAAAGUUUUAUCAACAUGAAGUUUAUUAAAAAUAUUAAUUUGCAGGGACUAUUGCCAAUUUAACUAGAAAGCAUUUUGGAUCACCAUCAGGUAUUCUUUUUAGCCAAGGGGCUUUCUGCACUUCCAAAGACUGUCACAGCUUGUGUGAUGUUAAAUGGUGUGUAGGUGGGGCAGUAAUUCUCUCAGAGGAUACAGAUUCUCCAGUGAUAAAUGCUUUCUUUUGCCAGUUAGAUUUGAGAAACUGUUUGAUAUUCAGUGGCCAAAUAGUUUGUCAUGCAGACUCUUGAGGGUUUGGGUUUUUUUAAUUUAGUUGCAGUGUUUUGUUUCUUGAGCAAAUUUUGCGUAUGCUGAUCAUGUAGUUUCAAGUUGUGGAUAAGAACCAUGGAUUACUGUUACUUUUAUAAUCUAUAUUAAAUCUAUGAUUCUGCUGAUGGAAAGAAUCCUACCUGAGUAAACUCUUAAAGAGAUAAUUUCUUAGUUUCUUUUAAUUUUGCAGCUUUGUAGUUGCAGUGAAUCAGCCUCAUUCCUGGUAUCAGUCAUAGCCCCAUUAAACCAGAGAAACCCAUUUUUAUGCCAGUAUGGGAUUUGGUCACAAAUACUUUGUUGGCAUGUUGAUAGCCAUUGUGCAGGAACUUGAAAAUCUGUUUCGCCUCUUAAGUGCAAAUCGUUGUGGAGCCACUCCCCUCAUUUGCCGAAUGAUGCCAAUGUGUUUAGUAAGUGCAGGAGAGGGAAGGAGUAGGGAAGAAUUUCCAAACAACAAUCUUAAUAGAGCAAAUUGUCAGGAGAAUGAAUACUAGCUUUUAAUAUAAAAAAAAAGAGAGCUUCUUAAAGCUUUGAGUCAUUAAUAAAAUUAGAAACAACAUCCACAGACAGUGUUAAAUAACAUCUUCAAAUUCUGCAUUCUUCAGUGUAACAAAUAAUAGCACAAUGUAAGAAUUGGUAUUGUGAACUGUUCAGUAUUUUGGGGACUUAACACAUAAGCUUGAGAGCACACAACAUUUUUAAAAAGUUAUGAUGCUGAUCUGUUUGGUGGUUUGUCUUGCUACUGUUACAUGAAAAACAGGCUGAGCCUUGAUUCAGUUGAAAGACAAGCAGUGUUUUCACUUAUGUUACAAUUUGAGCAGUACUUAAUGCCCCCAAACUUUUUUCUUAAUGAAACUAACAAAUGCAGCUGCUUGUAGACUUUAAGUUCCUGGCUGAUUUCUUCAUUAUCUUUCUCUGCGUAAGAUUUCAGAAUCUGUGUUCUCUUUGCAGUAAGGAACGGAGUGCUCAUAUAAGGCAGUUAAUCACUGAUGUUUCUCUUAGCCUGAUAGUGAAAUACCAUAAGGUAGGGAAGAGAAAACUGAUCUUAGAAUGCAUGCUCUGAUUUCAAACAUAAAAAUGUGGAAUAAGCUUUAAUUACUCUGUAGCAAAAAAUUAAUACAUACAUCUCUAAGCAUAAUUCUAGCUGUUUAUUUCUAAAUAUAUCUGGUUUAAAAAAUAGAGUAGUUAUAAUAGCAAUUAGUUUAUUAAAGUAUGAAUAUUGUACCAAAGGAAAACUUUUUUGGAGCUUGUUUGGCUUACCAAAACUUGAAAAAUUAAUCCGAAGUGUUUUGGAUGCAUCAAAGUCAGAAGAGAAAUAUUGUGUAAAAAUAUUUGUUUAGCAUAAACAUGAAUUUUGCACAUAGCUUCUUAAACAAAAUUUCAUGCCAACCCCAGUCCAGUGUUCACCUUGUUGAAAAUUUGUCAGGCUGAAAACAAUAUUUUUGAAAUUUUAACGUACUCUGACUGAGCAUGUUAGUAAUAUAAUGCCACAUUUUCUUCGUUUCUAGAAGGAAAUCUAUUUACAGAAUCCAGAGAAGCGGUUGAGAUAUUUUAAAUCUGUCCUGUAGAACUGCUGAUGCAGUCAAGAAACAUUUCCAUGCCUUAUGCAAGCUCUGGAUGAGCAGAUGGAUUCAGUCUUUAGUCAUAGACUAUGUUUUUGCAUAAAAAAUGCUCUCUUAAGAGUUCAUAUCAAUUUACAUUCUGCUACUUUGUGUCCCAGAAUUUCAAGGACAGGAGUAGAUUUACAUUUCACUUUGUUUACCAUCUCAUAAUAAAGUGUUCGCCAUGUUUCCAUUUGUUAUACACUUUAUUUGUAAUCCUGUCCUUUACCUUCCAAAUUUCAUAAGUUGAAACUGACUUGUGAAAAUGGCUUCAGAUCAAAUUGGACAUGGAAAAUGUGAUCUCAUAAGAAGUCAUUUCAUUAAUGCUUUGCUGAGCUAUACCAGCAAAAGAUUAGUUUUGUUUAUUUAAAUUACUUAAAUGCAAAAUGCUGAAAUCUUUUUCUUCAGGGCUUUUAAUUUUGCAAUUUUUUAAAAAUGUAAUUAAACAGCACAGUCAUCUUUGCUACAUAACUAACCAUCUGAGUAUAAAAUAACAUUUUAAGGUAUUCUUUAAUUCUUUUCACUAUGGUAGAGAUGAGAAUAAUAUGUGCUGAGAAGAAGAAAAAAGUAUCCUGAGGAACUUGUGCAACCUGAACUUUCUCUUAAUUCCAUGACUAUUCAGUGAGAAAUCUUCCCUUGUUCUCAUCUCUUUUAUGUAUUUUAGGAUGAAGAAUUCCCUUUAAAAUAGGUUUAAUUUGAAUGGCAGGUGGUGAGGGUAGUGAGAUAAUGAAUCACAUCCUUUUUAGUGUACAGGCUCCUGGCUUAACUAGGGUGCUGGCCGAAACACUGUGGAUUCAUUAAGAAAGCAAUUUCUAAUUCUGCAUUUGGGCUUCAUACAAGCUGUAUACAUCAGUGAGUGGAACUUUUUGUAGUAUAUUUAUUGGAUGGCUAAGAAGUUAUAAAAACUGGAGGUAGGUAAUGUCCAUGAAAUCAACACUUGAAUUCUAGUAUUUAGUGUGUUUUGUAUAAUGAGGAAUUUUAAAUGUGUAAGUGCCUUAUUGCUUGAAACAAAUGAAAGGUGUUUGUUCCCCUCAAUAGAGCAAUAUGGGAAUUCCUGUUCUGUGGACUCCUACAGUUACGUUAAGCCAAAGUAACCAAUACUGGUUUGCUCGGAAAGUUGGAAAAUGUUAUGUUAGUGAAGAAGUUAUUAAAAAAGUAAUCUGGCAUGCUUAUUUUAAUUCUUAUGACCUCAUUUGUGAGGUUUUUUUAACUCGCUGUUUGCUCCCCUCCCCCCACUGACUCCCACCUUCCUUCAGACUUCUGCACAAAUGCAUGUUAUGUUGUUGUUAGAAUGAGUUUGGCUCUUCCAAAAUAACAAGCCAUGAGUUUUCAACCACUGAAAGAAAUGCAACUUUUUGGAGAAUAGAAUUCAGCUGAAGUCUGGUUAGAGCCAUACUGCAGUAAACCACAGCCUGUCAUAGGUGUACCUUCCAACUCCAGGGCUCAAACAGUCCCUGUUCGCACCAAUUAGUGAAGGUGGAAGCCCUGAGGAGCGUGGUAUAAUUAGAUUGGGACUUCGAGCAGGUUAGCAGCAUUUCAGUUCAGUAUCCAACUUGAACUGUUAAUAUAAGUUGGUAACUGCUCUGGUGUGGAUAUCUUGAUGGACUAAUCAAUCCAUCAAUCAAGCUUGAUGGCACAGCUCUGGGAUCUCUGCCCAGCCCCUUCAUCGCAGGGUGGGAGGUAUGAUCUGAAAAGGUAUUAUUCGUUUUGCCAUCUUCUGAUAGCUUCAAAAUGAAAAGUGUAGGGUUUAUUUCUUCUUACUUCAAUUCCCAAAAGGCAGUGGAAUUUUGCCUUUUAUGAAAUAGAUUUUCUAGAGGACCUGUUUUUUCUUACUAACAUUGACUCCACUUUUGUCCAUCUAUUACUGGAAAUAAGGCACCAAGAUUAAGCUACUUUUCUAAAAUUAUCUUGAAUUACAUGAACUUCUGGUAGAAAUUAUGUUUUAAAAAAUAGUGAAGUGUAAAAGGUAAUUAUCAGAAGGAAAUUGAGUUAAUGGGGGUUAAGAAGAAAAAUGAUACUUAGAAGGUCUAUUUAUUACAGAUUCAUGAUCAUAAAAUAGUUUUACUAUGUUUAAUUUCCUCCACUGAGAAUUUGUGGAGGCAAGAAGGAAAAGAAGGAGAAAUGAAGAUAAGAAGAGCAUCCCCUUGAACCUUUUCUUCUCCUGAAAUUCCUGUUUUUCAGAACUGUAGAAGAGGUGUGUUUUCCACCCUGGAAAAAUUGGUAAUACAGCUGUCACAGUUGUUACUGUUAAACACUACUAGGAGUGCUUAAUCAGGAUUCAGCUUGCAUAUCUGAAAGUUUUAGUGAUAGGGAGUUUAAUUUAGAGCCAUACUGCAGUAAAAUUUUAAGUGAAUUAACACUCUUAGAUGACUCUUAAUGACGUCUAUUUCAGCAUUCUCUCAAAUUUUUAGGCACUAACUAGGUCCUUCUAUAACCCAUUGAACAGAAGACACCAUAUGUCAAAAUACUUCUUCAAUCUUAUGAGUUACUGUUUAUUUGUACAAGUUAUUUCCUUAAAUGAAAUUUUUUUCUCUUGGAACCAGCAGGCACCACAACCAAAAUGUUGAUAAGGCUUUUCCAUUAUCUUUGUCUUACAUUUAGCUGAUAACUCUAUUUUCUGCUGCAUAGUAUUGCAACAAUGGUCUUCAUGCUGUAAUAACUUGUAUUGGGUAGUCUUGGGCAAUAUUUUACAAAUAAUUCAUCUUCAAGUUGGUAUUUUAAAUGUAUACCAAUAAUCACUGUUGUGUGUGCUAUCUGUGUGGCCGCUUUAGUUCAUGUCAAUGUUUUGUAAGGAUUAUUUCUUGCUACCCUCUUCAGAGUGCCUUUUCAUUUAGCAGGUCUAGAAGGCGGUUCACUGAAGUCUUCUGUUGAAUCUACCAUAGUAAUGUCUGAUCUUUAAACUUGUCCUGAUGAAUGUAUAACUAAAAUCUUGUUCUUUUAAAAAGCUAUAGUAGACACAGGUGUAUAUGCACAUGUACAUGCAUCGAUACAAGGGAAGGUGUUCUGCCAAUGUUUGUCCUGCUGGACAGGACCUUUUGAAAGUAAGUGAAUUUUUAAACAGUUUUAUUUUCAAAAUGUUACCUCACUAGUAUUCAGUAGUAGGUAUGUCUCUGUACUGCUUCACUUUGCUAAAUACAAUCAUGAUCAAUAUAGGCAGUUUCAUUUAAAAGACUGCAAUGAAUCUGGUGUAUUGAGACUGAAUUUCGUAAGACAAAACUUACGGUACUUUGUUUUCUUUAAGGCAUUCCUUUGACUCACACUGACUCCCAAGCCCCUGUUACCAACAGACUGAAAAAGUGCUUCCUCAUGAUGAAAUGGAAGAAUGUAAAGUAGCAUUUGAAUGCACUCCACCUGUCUUAAAAUCAGUAUUCAGAAAUGGGGUGGGGGAGUGGAUUUGAUGAACUGUGGGAAGACAUACGUUGUAGAGUUCAUUCACUUGCACACAAGGGGUUUUACAAUGUCAUCUAGUAACAUCUACCUAAUAAAGUUUUGAAAAAGAAAAAUUAA